AUGAUCCGGGCAACGUACAGCAAGCAGGGCAACGAGAACCGUCAUCCUCGCUCUCAACCCACCUCGUCGCCGGAAGAGAUCACUGUCGCCGAAAUGUCACGUCGGAUGCUGAAGCGCUCACGCUCCGCCUGCAACGUCUCUAAGCCUAACGCCGGAAACGAACUCGCUGACAGCGCGCGGAAACGCCUCAGGAACACUAACAACAUUCUAUCGCGCCCAUCUUCGCCAAAAUCUGACGCAUAUACCCAGCUUUCGGACGCGUACACCACCCCGCAUCCUAGCAUUCUGGCAGACUCCGUCAAGUUCAAGCUCAAAUCGUCUCGUGGCAACGCAGUUACCCCCGACUAUUUCAGUCCUGCUCCUCCCCCUCGCCGCGCUCUUUCUCGCGCCGGCUCAGCCAAUCUGAAGGAAAAUCAGUCGACCACGCGCCGCUCACGCUCUCGGCGGGAUAGUAUCCUGGACAGCCCUUUCAGCAGUAGACCUGCGUCGCGCAACACAUCUCCCACCAAGGUCCCUCUUGCGCCUAAGCUAUCGCUCGGACCUUCUUUGUCUCGCUCUCAGCCAGAGAAUACGACCAAGCCCCGUCCCAAGAAGUCUCUAGUCAGCCGAAGCACGACCACUUCUCCUUCCCGCCAGGACGCAUCUAGUCACAUACGCCGCCCUUCUGCUCCCGAGCCGCCCCGUCCGACAUUUGCUAACGCUUCUUUGAGCUCGCUGGACUUGCCAUCUGCCUUUCCUGCCUCGCUGGACCAUUUGGGCUUCGAGUAUGGUUUCGGUCUGGGUUUUUCGGACCCUGAGACCCUUCCCCUCUUCCAGCCCCGCGACAUUGAGAUCGACUUUAACCGGCCUCCUUCGCAACUUUCCAUCUAUGGCCUCGACUACGACUCCGACGACGAAUUUCGCCCGCCCGGUGAUGGUCCGCAGGCUGUCUCGACGCCGGCUAUGAUACGAAUCGAACAUGUCUUCGGCGGUCGUCUCUCCGCUUUGCAGAAUUACCGGCCGUCGUCGCCUUCAGCUGCUUCUUCUGACGACACGAUCAUGUCGCCUAGCCAUGGACUUGCGAAGUCGCAGAGCGUUCCGAAUCUGCACGCCCAAACUCAGCCAAACUUCGCGACGUACCAGUCCCCCGCGUAUAAUCGACAGUCUCGCCAAUGGUCGGACGACAGCCUUCUCUCGCCGCCAAAGUUCUCGGACCACGGCAAUCGUGAUGAGGACCCCUUCGCACGCGAUGCGCACAUGGCUUACGAUGUGCCCAUGGUCGAUGACGAAGAUGAGGAGCUGGACGAUAUGUUGGGCGCGUUCGUGGCCGCCCCGUGUCCCGAUGAGGAGGAUGAGGAUGAGGUGAUGCCGCUUUUCCGACAAGUGCAUGCAGAGGACACUGAAGCGGCGUCUCAACUGAAGGACAUGCUUGACAAGAUGGUGCUGGAUGAUCGUCAAGACAUGCGCCGCUCCCUUCCUCUUCGCACUCGGUCGUUGGAGGAGUGCGGACGUAUGUCUCUGGGUGGACCGAUGGAGCUGGGUCCGUUGGUUGGACGGCAGGGCAGGGACAGGCGCGGGACCAUUCGCGCGUCUGACUUCCUCCCUCCUAUUUCUGCUGGCCGCGCUCGCAGUGGUACCAUCCGCCCCUCCGACAAUGCCCUUCCACAGCGUACGCGUAGCGGGACGGUCAUCGGUCCAGCGAAGGGUGUCGACGCUCCCCUCACAUCGAGGAAGCGCAGCGGGACCGUCAUGAAAAUCGUGCAACCCGCAGUCGUCGAGGAACAUGCUCGCACGGAGGAUUGUGUUUCUGCCCCAAAGCCAGUCACCCCCGACAAACCGACGGCAGUCUCACGCCUUGCCGAGCCCACCCCCAUGGAUGUCGACGAUGACAUGGAGGCCGUUCAGGACUCAGGUAUUGGACUCGGACCCAGCCCUAUGGACUCUGACGACGAGCUGCUCCUCAAGUCGGACGAUCCCAUUCCUGGAGGUGUCGAACGUCUGGGGCGCAAGGCUUCUGGGGAUGCAGGGCGCGUGUGGUCGGUGCAGGGGCGGUCAGAGGAUAGUCUGAGCUAUUGGUGA